GCGGCCCAGGUGCAGGUCGCCAGGCUCAGCGCGGGGGAUUUGUACUGGCCGGCGGUGGGGCCGCGGGCAGUGUGAGGUGCGUUAGGGCCGGGCCGCCAUGCCCCUGGCAAUGCCGGUGCCCGAGCCGCCGUGGCCGGCCAGCCUGUCCCCGCUGAAGGCAGUGGAUAACUUGCUGCGCUGUGGGAUUUGCUUCGACUAUUUCAGCACAGCCAUGAUCAUCCCACAGUGUUCACACAACUAUUGUUCCCUUUGUAUACGCAAGUUUUUGUCCUACAAAACUCAGUGCCCAACAUGCUGUGUGGCAGUCUCAGAAUCUGACCUGAAAAAUAACCGGACACUGGAUGAACUAGUAAAGAGCUAUAAUUCUGCAAGACAACAGCUGUUCCAGUUGGUCUUGGAUACUCCACUGAUUUCAUCUCCAUUGGCCUGUAGCAGGCAUUCAGCUGGCAAAAGCCAAGUUAAGAGUUCUGCAUCUUGGCCAGUUGUAAAAGAGGUGCCAGUGAUUGGCAGUUCCUUGAGAAAGGAAGAAGUUUGCACCUCAGCAGAGGGCCUGGCACAAACAGAUGAGAAGAGUUUGGAAACUGAGGAACACCGUGACCUUUACAACAGUUCUGCAGAGGCUGAUGGUAAAGACAAUGAAGUGGGAUCACAGGAGAGCCCUGAGUGCACAAAAAGUCAGGAAGAGCCUUCUACAUCUGUGGUAAAAGUAGUAAGGAAAGUGGAUUGUCCUGUUUGUGAGGUUGCUAUUGCAGAGGAAUACAUAAACAAACAUCUGGAUACCUGCUUGACAAGAGAAGAGAAGAAGGACUGCCUUAGAAGUUCUGGUCACAAAAGGAAGCCUAUGUCUAAAGUUGUUUACAACUUGCUCUCUGAUCGUGAUUUAAAGAAGAAGCUAAAGGAACAUGGUCUGUCUACCCGUGGGACCCGGCAACAGCUGAUUAAAAGACACCAAGAAUUUGUGCACAUGUACAAUGCUCAGUGUGAUUCUCUAAAUCCCAAAUCAGUUGCGGAAGUUGUUAAAGAGCUGGAAAACAAUGAGAAGAUCCGGCUUCAGCUUGAAUUGAAUAAACCUGGUGAAAGUAGCUUGACCUUCACAAAGGACAAGACAGAGAAAGAAAUAGAUGAGAUCCACUCUGACUAUCGAAAGAAACACAGAAGUGAAUUUAAGUUUUUGGUGGAUCAAAUAAAUAAUCGGUGGAAGCAAAGUGGUAAAAGGAAAACAGAAAGUGCUCAAAACAAAGAAGUCACUGCUGCCGAAGACUUGCCAGCAGCCACAGAACAUAGGGAAGAGCAUCACACAGGUUUUGCCCUUGGAAAAGACCAGGUACUCAAACCAGAUACUCCUGAUGACAAAAGAAGUGAAUUUCCUUCCUUGGAGGAAGGCCAGAGAUCAGACUCUCCUACAUUCUCACUGUCAUCUGAAUCCACAAGCAGCUCCAGUUCAGACAUUUUGAGAGAUCUGGAAGAACGUGAGACACGUUCAGCAUUCUCUGAUGAAAGCACUUUCAUAGGUCCAAGAGUUAACAAAAGGAAGUCAUGUUGGCCCCCCGUGCUAGAAAAUGUUCAACUGCUUUCCAAGAGCAAGAGGAAGAAGAGCUAGUGCUGCAGAGCCGUGAAGCUUAAAACUACGCAGAAGACUUAACACUGAGAGAUACUUCUUACUUUUUUCCCAGUUUUCAGUGUAUCUGGGUAACUAGCAAAUGCUGUAUUUUCACAUAGUUGUCAUUUAGACUGCUUUAAAAUAACCAUACUGGUGUGCUGAUGGGUUUUCUUUACAGCACUGUGGGCCAUUUAACUUGUUGGGAAUGAAGUGCUGGAGUCCAGCUGGAUCCUCAGUGAGCUCUUGUGCCACACACAGCUUUGCUGCUGAAGGAUAUGGCUUUGAAUACUGCAGCCACUCCUGCUCACACUCCAUCCUGCAGGAGCUUGCUCUCUCCUCUUGGAAGCAGUCACCGGAUAGUGUUUUGCUCUGGUUCCUUGGCUCAGCUUGGGGGGAGCAUGGGGCAGCUGAGGGAUGGGGCAGACUUCGAGUCCACAAGAAUACAAUUGUUUUUAAUACAUCCAUGUAUAUGUACUCAUUAGUAUGUGUCACUACUUCAGUUCGAAGUCAUGACAUUUGAAAGGAAUUGGAAGGUCAUUGCACAUUCAGUAUUCUAGCUUUAAAAUAAAUAUUAGCAUUCAAAAGUCUCAUCUUUCCUAGAAGAUGACAGAGCUUUGUAGUGGAAUACAGCAAUGCAAGAGAAUUAAAGUACACCUGAACAAGAGUGUACAGCGUGCAAGCAAAAUACAUACCAUGCAAAAUGCUCAAAGAUGUUCUCACUGAGCCUUGGAGUUUUGCUCAUAGCCUUCCAUCAGAAACAUAGCAAAGACAGCACAAAGUCUGUAUAAGACUGAGAGUUGUGUGUCUUUUCACUUUGGGCUGUAGCUGGGACCGGACACUGCACUUUCAAAAGUACUCUUCCUCAAACCGUGGUUCCCAGCAGUAUUUUUGUUCAGAGCAGGCUAAAUCUGAGGCCAAUGUGAACUGUAAUAAUGCCACUGAGGUAAGUGGAUGCAGAGGAAAAAAGGGGGAGUGCGUUUGUUUUGUUUGUGUGGGGUUAUUUUGUACUAAAAGUGAACCUUUUUGACCUCUCCUUUUAGGUCUGCCUUUUAAUCACAGCAGUUAAUACAAGACCAAUCUAAAUUCUGUGCAGCUCACCAGAGAAGAAUACAAAUGUUUGUAUGCGUAAUGGUCAAUGAAAUUCAUGUAGACCAGUUUACAUCAGCUGCUGAGCAUCCCUUGGAGGUCUUUAUUCUGUGUUUUAAUUAUAAUUGAGUUAGCAGCACCUAAUUUUCUUUAAUGUGGUAAUAAUAUCCACUGUCAUACCCAAAAAAUAGCCUCAGACUCUAUCAAUGCCCAUACUGUGAGCUCUACACUGAGGAGGAGUGUGAGGGUACCUCUGAGGAGGCUGGAGAAGGAGCCCAUUCUGUUCUGCUCAGUUUGUGGUGCUGAGCAACGCUGGCUGCUGCAGGGGGACCUGUCACAGCCCAUCAUCCUUCCCACAGCAGUGGGAUCUGAAACAGCAGCAUUGCUGGCUUGGUUUUAGAGUACAGUUACAGAUUUAGGCAGGGGACUGUAAGGGUGGGAGCCCUUGACAGCUGAUUCAUUGCUCAAUGGCCAAUGUGUUAGAGGUCAGUCUGGUGCCAUUUACUGCAUGAGGUCCCUAAUGAUGCUGGGUUGGCAGGGAAAAUUAGGAUCCUGUGAUACUUAUCCACGUGGGAGCUUUCCUUUUGGGCAUUGUGAAUGGGCUAUAAACAUGUUUUAUCAAGAGCAGAUAUUUCUUGUGUAGCCUUGGAACCAGGUGCCACUCACAGAGUUAAAUUUGUAGUUAAUGACAGUAACUACUGCUGUGAGGUGGAAAUGUGUUUCAAUACCCAAUAAGGAGAAAUAGUCAAAUUUAUUAAGUAAAUAUGAGCUAGAAAGUACUUAGAAAAAUCAAUAUAGAGGGUGAAUAAACCCAUGAAACAUGAAGUACACACUGUGUGCCUUAGUGCUGCAGAGGCUGCUGCCACCCAGGAGGAUGCUCGCAAGGGCUGCAGGAGCAGAGCAGCGAGCAGCAGUGCAGUCCUGACUGUCAUCACGUCUUCAGAAUGUGUCCCCUGACACUUGAGGAACGCAAGAAAAAAAACAUUGCCCUUGGAAGCUAUAGCCUUUAAUGUAUAAAAAGUCAUAAGCUGUGGAAAUGACUUUCUCCCUUCCAUUCAUUCAGUCAAAUCUUCCUCCAAGCAGAAAGACAGAGCUUGGUGCCUCUUUGGUGUGCAUUAUGAAAAGUUCCUGUCAGCCUGGGCAGAAUGUGCAGAGACAUGAACCUUCCUAACAGUGCUUUAAUCUUUUGCAUAUAUUUUCAGUAUAACCCUUUCUGUGGCCAUUUGCAGUGACCUGCUAUCUUGGAUCUGUGGUGACUUUCCCAAAAGAGCAGUUUUCAGCUAAAAUAAAAACCAAAAUGUGUAUGA